AUGUGGGUCCCGUCGUCGGUGCGAACUCUCUUCACGUCCCCUGCACUUGCCGCGGCGCAGGAUGCAGCCGGUGGGAACAAGAAACCGGCAGCCGUCACUGUCACGGCAGACGAGCAGGCGGCCAUCUCGCCCCACUCAGAGAACACAAUCCGCAUUCAGACGGUGAGAGAGAGAAUGGAAUGCACAGCGCUACGGAACACAACACACAAGAAGCCCCUGUGUGUGUGGAUGCAUGGAAUUGUUGUGCUGUGUUGGUGGGUCCCGUGGUGGGAUGCAUCUGUAGGUGGUCAUUGAGCAGACCCAAAGCGGCACAAGGAGGCGCGUCGGCAGCUUCAUCCUCGCCCUCGACAAGGCCAACAGCACCACCCACUUCGCCGACGUAUUUCAUGACUUCGUGCUGGCGGACUUCGACCUCUCGUACUCUGAGGAUACGGACGGCUGGAGCUCCUAUGUGUCGUCCUCCCCACCCACAACUGUCGCCGACAGCACCCUGCCCCCUGAUGCGCUUGCCGUGCCCCCUCAAGAGCUCGUUGCCGAGCUGCAUCGGCUCAUGGGAGGGUUUUCCUGCAUCCAUGUCGUGCUGAGAAGGGCGGAGAGGGCGCUGAGAGGGGGUGGUGAGAUGGGCAAGGAGGUUACUGGGGAAGAGACUCAGUACGAUCCUCUCAAGAGGCGUGGGACGAUUGACGCUGACUUGGCGAAGCGGCAGGAGGCCAUUAUGCGUCGGCACCAGCAGGUGGCGGCUGAGGAGAGGAGGCAGGAGCUGAUGACUAGGUUUGACCUCUUCUUUGCCUUCUUCAUCGUGCUGAACGCCGCUUUUAUUGGGGUGGGUAUCAGAAAGAGCACGACGGUCAUUGUGUGUGUGUGUGUGUGUGUGUGUGUGUGUGUAUGGGCAUGUGUAUGUUGUCAUAUAUCUCGCGCUGCAUGGUAUGUGUGUGCAGGUUGAGACGGACUACGGCUCGGGAACGGGGGGCUAUCACGGCGAUGACCCAUUGGGCCUCGCUCUCUAUAUACUCAAUGUAGGGAAUGUCUGCAAUGGGCUGAGAGUUCCUUCCCCCAUCUCUGGGUGGGGUGUGUGCAGCAUUUUUUCCUCGCCGUGUUUGUGCUUGAGCUGGUCCUGCGCGUCUACUUCUUCUCAUGGCGGGCCUUCCUGGACGGAUGGACUUCCUUCGACCUGCUGCUGGUGCUCGCCUCUGCCAUCGACCUGUGGGUAGGUGCUGGCCCUCAAGAUUGUCUCUCAUCCAUCCAUCCAUCCAUCCAUCCACACACACGAGGGAAGGAGGUGUGUUUGGUGUGUGCAGGUGAUCCAGGUGAUAGCCUACGGCGGCGGCGAGGAGUCCGCGUCGAUGCAGGCCGUCACAGUAUUCAGGAUCGUUCGUCUGUGCAAGCUGGCGAGACUGAUACGCAUCCUUAGGGCAUUCAAGGAGCUGUGGUACGUGCCAUGCCAUGCCGUGAAGACUGAACACAGCACAGCACAGGGGGGGCGGUGCGCAUCACAUCCUCUGGUGGGUCGAUGGGAUUGGAUGGGUGUAGGUUGAUAGUCAAGGGUUUGGCGACGUCUCUCAAGACUCUCUUGUGGAUCGCCGUACUGCUGAUCAUAGUCAUCUACGCAUGUGCCAUAUUGUAUGUCCUUGAGCACCGCACCGCCGACACACACACACGCACUCCACCCUUCCUGCAAACAUCCUUCUGUCUGUCUGUCUGUCUGUCUGUCUGUCGUCAAUGUGCGUCAACUAAUGCAGCUGCACUCAGAUCAUAGGCCAGAGACUUGUCGAUGUGGAGGCAGUGGAGGAUUCGGUCGAGCGGCCAGAGCAGUUCUUGCUGCCCGUGGGGUCGUCCUAUGACCCAAGUUAUGGGUGCCCGGAGCCGCCGGCCGCCGAUCCCAACGAGGACAUGGACCUGCUUUUUGGGAGUGUGCUCAAAUCCAUGUGAGUGCGUGUGGAUGAUCAUACAUAUGUGUUAGUUAUGCUGUUUGUGUGUCUCGUGUGUUUGUGUGUGUCAGGUUUACUUUGUUCCAAGGUGGGCAGGGUUGAUGGUGGUCCGUGGGAAGGGGUCUGUCUGUCUGUCUGUCUGUUGUUGUCUUUGUUUCUCUGCUGUGGGUAUGCAGUGAUAACGCUCUCUGGCUGGGCAAGUGCGUAAGCAUACCAGCGGGGGCAUGUGUGUCUGAGUACAUACACAUGUGGUCGAUCUCUGCCUGCUCGGUCAGCGGUGGUCCGCGCCGUGGCUGCAGUCAACCCCUACAUGCUCGCCUUCUUCGUCGUCUUCAUGUACCCACACACCUCCCCCGUCCCUCCCUCCCUCUCCUCAUCCAUCCAUCCCUUCCUCUGUCAGCUGGCUGAGUUCGUUUGCCAUCAUGAACUUGGUGAUUGGCGUGAUCUGCGAGUCCACCCUGUCGAGCGGCAAGGACACCAAGAGCGACGACUACCGGCUGCUGCAGAGGCGGCUCGGCAAGGAGUGGGCCGAGAUGAUGGACGCACUUACAGAGUGCUGGGACUUCAUCGUCAAAAUCAAGGUAACCCAAGAUGAAUUUGACAGACACAGACACAGAGGCAGACUCAUAUUCUUGUCUAUUUAGGACGAAAAUGAGGGUUCCUCACCCCCAGAGCAGCAGCAGCAGCAGCAGCAGCCACCCCCACCGCCACAGCAAGCCCCCGACGCCCGCGCAGAGGCCUACAGAGCGCCAGAAAGGGGCGUGAGUGAGAGUGGGUCGAGGAUGUCUCGCCGGCGAGUGGCUGGUGCGGAGGGUGGCAUGUUCAGCGACAUCACCACACUCAGCAGGACGGGCACAUUCCGGGCAGACAGUGUGGGCUGGAGGGUGGGGGAGAGGAAGAGAGAGGAGAGAGAUGGACACGGAGAGACCUCUGUGCUUGUGCCUGCGUGUGGGUGGAUGCGGUGCAGACGUCUGCUGUUGUGACGGGAAGGCGGCUCUGCCGGGCUCUCGAGACGCCUCUUGUAAGCGAGUCUUAGCGGCUGUGUCGGUUCGCUGCACUGCACUGCACUGCGCUGCAGUUGGUGGCCAAGCUGCGGCUGCUGCAGAUCCAUGUGGACAAGGCGGACGCGAUGAUGCGCGUGAUGGACACCAAAAAGAGGGGAUUUGUCGACUUCGAACAGUAUGCAGGGGGGGAGAGAGGGAGACACACAUACAUUUAUGAGGAGUGUGUAUGUGUAUGUGCGCGUGCAGGUUUGUGGAUGGGUGUCUGCUGCUGCGUGGCGGGGCCAAUGCCUUAGACAUCCUCACCAUCCGCAAGAAACACAUCGCCAUCGAGUGACCACCCUGUCCACCCUCUCUCUCCCCCUCUGUCCCAUGUCUCCCUUCCUCGUGCAUGCAGCCACCGCGUCAAGGCGAUGGACGCCAUGCUGGACUCGCUGAUCAAGCACAUCGGGCGGCAGGAGCCGAGGCACUUCGUGAGCCAGGCCUUCAGGCAGGCCACCCCACGCACAUUCCCCCUCUCGCCAGGCGGACACGUGCUGCCUGCUGCUGAUGCUGAUGUGGACCUGGUGGAUGUGUCCAGUGGGACGUCUGCCUCUUCGUCUGGAUCGGCGGCAGGCACCGAAUGGAGAGAGCUGGACGAGCAAAGGAGUGGGGGUGAGUGAGUGAGUUGGUG